AUGUCUGAAUGGGGUGGCGGCUUAGCCACCAAUCUUUCUCACUAUCAGUAUAGUCUUCUCAACGACAAGAUCCUUUCAGACGUUCAAGUCAAAUUGAAACAUGGUCCUAUAUUUGCACACAAAGUCCUGUUAGCUCGAAGAUCUGAAUGGGCUUUCAGAGUCUUCACCGGAAAGUUUGCAGAAGACGACCUAGAAGCCAUUCUCGCCAUGAUGCGCCAUGUCUACGGCUUCCCAUAUGACCACUUAUACGAGUCUGGUCCUCCUUUUGCAGCCGUGAUUACAGAUCUGAUCUUUCAUAUCAACGUGUUCAUGGCCGCCGACAAAUACGACAUUCCUUCGCUGAGAUUACUAGUCGUUGAUAAGUUUGCCGAGUUGAUGGAUCUGAAGUGGUUCGCAAACCAACACGAGUUUUGUACCGCCAUGCAGCGCCUUUGCGGACCGGACGCUGUGGCCUUUGCAGAUAGAUCGCUACAGGCAUCCGCUGCUUCAUUCUGCUCAAAACACAUAUCCGACUUGAUUAAGCUUAAGAGUUUUGCUAGCAUGCUUGAAGAUGGUGAACCUUUUGCCGGACGUCUUGUGACUGCUGUCUUGAGCGGUAAAUCUGAUAAUCUUAUUGAGACCUUCAAGUGUCACAUCUGCAGAUCGAUUGCGGACGAUACUAUCAGAACGAAGCUUGAGCAGAGUUGUAUCAGCUGCAAUGUUGUCUACGUUAAUUUCGAAUGUGUCGAAUUCCAACACUACAAGAAGUUCAUGCCGCUUAAGGCACAAAAGAGAAGCAACACCCAGAUACGCUCAGUAGUUGUGUACCUUCCCCAAAUUGUGCUUGAAACACCGCUGAUAAAUCUUGGUGUAACCAUGUGGCUGCCUGCAUCGCGCCCCGCCACAAUCUAUGCAAGUGACUCGUACCUGCAUUUCAUCUCGGCAACCCAGUUAGUCGUCACGUCGACCAAUUUGUCGUUGAUUGCUCACGUUACACAAACACGUCGCACGUUUUCGCCAACACAUUUUGGCAAGACGUGCAUCUCGUUUACUGUGUCUCGAGGAACACCACAAACUCCAACAACCAUGAGCUCCACUGUCUCACCAUUCCUAGUCCCAAUGACUACCAGACAACGAGCUCGAACCGCUCGACCAUACCUCAAGUACAUCGUGGACCCUCCAACAUUCGACGCCAGCGAACUUCAAUCGGUCAAGAUCAAAGAUUCUCUUCAUGCGAGGUUCGAAAUUCUGUGUGAAGAAGCAGGCUGGGUACCUACGAACGCACUCCGAGAGGAGUUGAUUAUCCUUACCAAGCUCGAUACCCCGUGGAGAUGGCGCGACUGUGAAGCUGCUGUUUUCGCCUUCGUACAACACCUUGAUUUUGUAUGGAACAACAGCUGGGUGUUGCUCGGGAGAAAGAAAUUCGACGAGGGAGUCCUCUACGUCUGGUAUCGCCCGCCUGAUGGGCUCCAAGCUAGAGUGGAUAAAGACAAAGUCUGGCUACCAUUCACCAAGCUCUUUGACUUGACCAACCUACGAGGAGACUACCAGAAUAUAUACCUCACCGGCGUCUAUGAGGUCCUCAAGAGAUUCACAUAUAUGAGAUGCAUUCUGGAUCCCAAUGACCCUGAGGAUGUCGCUCUGAGACACGGCUAUCCAGAGCUCCUGCCUCUUCCAUUCAUCCCUGGUUCCGCUUGGCUGCGACAACAAGGAGUUUUGUGCAUCGAUAAUACUCCAGAAAGCCAACACAAAUCUCGUGACAGCCUUCAAUCGCAAUCAAUAUACGAGUUGAACACAGACAGUCAUGUCGAGGAUGACGAAGCUUAUCAGACUGCCACUACAGCAUUACUAGGCAACAUGACCGAUGGUGUCAAUAAAUGCCAAUCCCGUUCGGCAGCAGACAUCGACAACGUACGCUACGCACAUUCUAGAAAGUCAAACAGCUCAUCCCACACUGAACUGGAAAGGGCGCGCAGAGAGAAGCGGACAGCUAAUAGCAGCUCCAACGGCUUACCAUCUCGAAAGAGAGCACCUGAAUCAGAUGCUGCAUCUGAGAAUUCUUCUGUCGAUACCACAAGGACUUCUGUUCGUAGUAGAUUACAAGGCCUUUGUCAGAAGUUCCAGUGGACACCUUCUAAGCCUACACUUCAAGAGAUACACGACUUGCUCCAAUCAGUCGGCCCUGAAACUAUUGAUAUGGAUGAUGCGGGACUCACAUCUCUCGCAUUCGUUCAGCACUUCGACUUUGUAUGGGAGAACGACGCUAUCUUUAUUGGCUCUAUUAAGGUCGAGGGCGCACAACACUAUGAGAGAAUUUGGUACAAGAUCACCUACCGUGACGGGAUCUAUCAGGACACCUUCUCCAUCGAUGCAGGUAGUCAACCAUGUUCACCCCCGGUCGAACUAGGCGGAGUCGAGUACUUCUGGCCUUCUUUCAAUGACUUGUUCGACAUGAAAAAUAUCAAAGAUACGGAUGGCAGACAGCAGUAUGGCUACAUCAUUGGUACAUUCCUCAUCCUGUUGAACUAUCCCUCAUUGCGCAGGCAUCGAGCGCCUGGCUCAGGUAUAAAGAUCAUAUUGGCUCCUCGUUCCGGAGAUGCCGAGCUACCAUUCUUACCUGCGUCUGGCUCAGAGGACAUGACACAGUCACGCGAAGACAGUCGAUCAUCAUCAUCGUCAUCAUCCGAACCUCCAACCAAGCGAAGGAGACUGGUCCGCGGCGGUCGUGGAGGUGGUGCACGCUGGAUCAACGAGAUAGACAACGAGAUAACAGGCCUUCCUUAUCUUGUGCGCCUACAACGAUCCGACAUGACCGAACAUGAUAAGCAUGCUGGUAUCCCCAAUCAGCGACGGAUCACUAGUACUGGGAAGACUGCUCCAGAGGACCACCGCGGACAGAGUGACGCUGACGCGCAACCCCUGGCCGAUGCGUCCAAGGAAUCAGAGAAACAGCGCAAGAUCACUACGAUGUUCCAAAGCAGCGAGCGUGCUCAUCAUUCUGAGCCACAAUCCACAAGCUCCUCCAGCACGCCAGUCAUUACAAGAGCCAUUGGAUCAUCGGCGAAUGCUCCUACGAUUGUGGAGACGACCGAGACCAAUCAACAGCCUGGGGAUCAAAGUCCUGUUGGUGGUCUGCUCGAUUAUCUCCUGCGAAACGUUCAAACCUUAAGUUUUGUGGACACUAACUCUGGCGAGACUCGGCUUCGGUUCAAGGCUAGUCUUCCUGCUAGUCUCUUCCAGCCAUUUUCUCUUGAAUUCUCUCCCGUUGCGUCGUUAGUCAUAGCGCCAACUCUACCUUCCCGUCACUGUAUCAUUCAGGAGUUGGAAAGAAUCGCCAUGGGCAGGUUCAAUACUCAACAGCAGGCUACUCAGCAUCAGAAAUUUGCACCUUCUCAUAAUCACCAAGCCACUCGGCUCCCAGCUCCUGUCGCAUCGAUGGUACGUCGGCAAGAUUCGAGCAAUGAUGGUCGUAACAGCAGCAUCACUGUUGAUCAAGCAAGGGAACUUCUUCGCCGUCCUCGUGCGAAAAUCGUGUCUUCUGGAACUGAGAAGGAUGGAGGCCUCGAGUUAUGUGAUUUCGAAUUCACGUUCCUUUCUGCCGCAGUCGAGAAACGUUGCCUGGACUCUAUGCCCCUCUACCUUACGAAGAGUCAAGCCUCUAGAGUUCUUGCUGAGUACGCAAAAGAGGAUGAGGAGUCUUGA